CACGUCCCUAGCUUAGCCGCUAGUCUGCUGGCUAACCGGUUAGCAUGUGGGCUGGGAAGUGGACGCAUUUGGCAUCAUAUCUCGUUACACACUGACCUACAGAAAGACGGGGGGGUUCAGCUACUAGUACACGUAAAUGUUGUUAGAUAGUCGGCGACAUCUCCGUGUUAUUCUCCUUGUUUUGUGUGAUAUUGUCACCCUGCCCUCCGUUAUUCUUGAACGUCAGCUAGCCGGCGUGUUGUCGAAAUGUUGGCAGCAACUGUUAUUGCCUAAGAGCUCCUGAUAAGGAUUUCAUGACUGGAUUGGCUCCCACACAGUGUCUGUCUUAUUCUCCUGACUGCGUGACCUGCCAGACGGUGAUUGACAUGGCAGCCAAUGGAGCGAGCUGUGAGCAGCCUCAGAAACGUGCAGGACCUAAAGACAAACAGAACGGCAAGUCAGCAGACUCGUCGGUGAGAGACAGGCGACAAAGAGAUAAGGAGGAGCGUCUGUCUCUUGUGUUGUGGAGGAGGCCUGUUACCACUCUACAUUAUUUUCUCUUGGAGACCCUCAUUAAGCUAAAGGAGUUGACGUUUAAGCUUUGGCAGCGUCGAGGCGUAGUAUUCUUAUUUUUGGUGUUAUGUUUUGUCUUCUCCGCCGCAUACUCCACCGAGGGCGCACACCAACAAUAUGUUCGAUACCUUGAGAAGAAGUUCCUGUGGUGUGCCUACUGGGUAGGCCUUGGGAUCCUGUCCUCAGUAGGCCUUGGGACUGGUCUCCACACCUUCCUUCUCUAUCUGGGCCCUCACAUAGCAUCCGUUACCCUGGCAGCGUACGAGUGCGGGUCCACAGACUUCCCCGAGCCUCCCUACCCGGACCAGAUUGUCUGUCCUCAAGGUGGAGAGGCGGACGGAAGCAUCUCUCUCUUCUCAAUCAUGUCAAAGGUCCGCCUGGAGGCCUGCAUGUGGGGUGCAGGCACUGCCAUCGGAGAGCUGCCUCCUUAUUUCAUGGCCAGAGCAGCUCGUCAGUCAGGAGCUGAUCCAGAUGAUGAGGACUAUGAAGAAUUUGAGGAGAUGCUUGAACAAGCUGAGGAUGCUCAGGACUUUGUCACGAGAGCCAAACUGGGAGUCCAGCAUAUGGUGCAGAAAGUAGGAUUCUUUGGGAUCUUGGCUUGUGCCUCAAUUCCAAACCCUCUCUUCGACCUGGCGGGAAUAACCUGCGGCCAUUUUCUGGUUCCCUUCUGGACCUUCUUUGGAGCGACUCUGAUUGGGAAAGCCAUCAUCAAGAUGCACAUACAGAAACUGUUCGUUAUCAUCACCUUCAGCAAGCACAUAGUGGAGCAAAUGGUGUCACUCAUCGGGUCUGUUCCAAAAGUAGGACCAUCUCUCCAGAAGCCCUUCAGUCAUUACCUGGAAACACAGAGGAACAAGCUGCACCACGCUGGAGGAAGUGCACCAGCGGAUGAGAACUGGCUGUCGUGGGUGUUUGAGAAGGUGGUGCUGGUCAUGGUCGCCUACUUUGUCAUUUCCAUCGUCAACUCCAUGGCUCAGAGCUACGCCAAGCGGCUGCAGCAGCUGAGGCACUCGGAGGAGAAAACCAAGUGAUGGCGAUACAGAGCGGUACAGACAUCCAAGUGACUGUGUUUCUGCUGCCGCUGAGAGCCCUCCGUUCAGCCUCAGCCGGUCACAACUCUGAACAACAAACCUCACCCUCAUCCCAUCUCAACGAGGCUGGACGCUCAGAAGAACCAGGCAUUGUUCGUCGGUGUGCGAGUGUGUGUUUUCGAGGGUGUAUGUGCUGUCUACUUGUUUCCCCCCUCCCUUCAGGUUUUGUAGUUCUUCCUCUCAUCUCACUCUGUAGGUUUGUGUCUAGAGUGACUGGCUCUACUGCUGAUCUUAACAUGUUACUUAAACGUUAAAUUAACCCAUUCAUUGACCUCAGAAGUAAAGCAGCGGUUUGGUGGUAACUGCUGUGUAAGGGCAGUGCCCAUCAGAUGCUAUGCCUUAUGCAAGACGGGAAGAUCCGGCUUCCCUUGAAUAUAGCUCUUGACUUAAUGACUUGAUUUUUAUUUAAUUUUGUAACAUUUCUGUAUGGAUGGAUCUUGAUUUGUUUGUACAGUGUGCUGCCAAGAUUACUGCUAUGGAUGGUGUUUUCUUUUCAGGGUUAAAUUGUCCUCACGUUUUCGUCCUCUUAAGACAGUAAGACCAAUUUGUCGUCUUUUGUUUCUGGAGUUUAAAAUGUCGGAGAAAAAAAAGCAAUAUCAACUUAAAACAACAGUGUGGUAUUGAUGGUUUGCACAUUGUGUAAAUAUCUUAAUAUCUUUUUUGAGGGUAUGCUCAGAUGUAUUUCUAUUCAGACGGUCUGUGUGGACAUUAGUCAACUUGAACCAAAACACAAAAGAAAAGAUGAUAUCAUUUGUAAAGUGACAUUGUACUCUCGGCUAACUAGUCCCAUUUCUAUUCUGUACAUUUAGGGUGAAACUUGGAUCAAAUCAUAUAUAAAACGUGGAAAUCAUUGCA